UGGUGUUGUUUUUAUUAGUAGCUACUAUAGUGUUCUAUGCUUUUGGGAUCAAAAUAAACCUUUGGUUUAAUACCUAUUUAUUGUAAAAUUAUUAGUGAAAAAUGGCAGAAAAAAGAACACGUGCACCUAAUUUCAGCAAAGAAGAAAAGUUGCUACUUUUGCAGCUGGCAGAAAAACAUAAACAUAUUUUAGAGUGUAAAAAAACAGACGGGGUGACAUGGCGAGAAAAAGACUUGUGCUGGAAGAACAUAAUGGUGCAAUUUAACGCUUCCACCCCGGCCUUGGUUCAAAGAACCGACGAAAAUUUAAAAAAACUUUAUGAAAAUAUAAAAAAAAGCACAAGAAAGCAGAUCGCUGCAAUUUAUAUAAAACUGGUGGGGGUCCAUCUACAAGUAAAUGUGGCGACCCCAUAUUUGAAGCGACACUAAAUAUUUUGAGCCAAAAAAGUGUUUUUGGACUAACUAACGUUCAUGAUGGUGAUGGAGAUCUUACCAUCUCCGGGUGCUCCAAUAGGAUGUGACGAAGACGAAGAAAUUUUGAUUGUCACCACAAAUGAUGAGGAAACUACAGUCGAAAAUAAUAAUUGGGGAAAUCGAAAAGCGGAACAACUCAAGACUCCGUUGAAUUCACGUUUAAAAGUACAAAAUAAAGAAAGUUGGGUUAACCGUAGAAGACCAGCAUUAUCUGCCACCGAAUCGGUCGCCCGGAAAUAUGAAGAUAUGGCAGUUACACGAGCAGAAGUGGCAAAACUACAGUUUCAGAUUUUGCAGCAUAAGCUACAACAGCAGACCAAGGAAGCUGAAGAUUCAGCUAAGUUGUUGCAGCUUCAAAUUGAAACAGCUGAAUUGCAAAAAAAAAGUGCUUUAUUAGAUGUUAAAAUAAAAGAAAAACAAUUGCAAAAAUUAGAAGAAAUGUAA